UUUUAUUUUCUCAAUCGCAGUCGCAGGGCUUUUAUUUUAAACUCGGCAGCGUCAGCUUUUGCUCACACGCAUGCGCAGUACCUGCACUUCCUAUUGCCACUGUUUGUAAUAUUAUUUGUGCAUAUCCAUGUCGCUUGAAAUUGUUGUAUUGUUUGCCUCUGCUCACAUCCCGUUACUUCAUGCUUACUUUCCUUUUCUCCGCCGUUUUUUGCGCCGCAUACCUGUCUCCGAUCAUCAGUCAUGUUGAAGGCACAGAUUUUACUGAGCAGGAAAUGUCCCAUUACAGUUUCUUCCUCACACUCAUUGAUGCUCUGGACACAUUGCUGAUAUUGGGAAACCACACAGAGUUCCAGCGUGUGGCCACUCUGCUCCAGGACAUGGUUGAUUUCGACACUGAUGUUAAUGCAUCUGUGUUUGAGACAAAUAUACGAGUGGUUGGUGGGCUUCUCUCGGCUCAUCUGCUUUCCAAGCGUGCCGGGGUGGAGGUGGAGGAGGGCUGGCCCUGCUCCGGACCCCUUCUGCGCAUGGCAGAGGAUGCUGCCUGCAAACUGCUGCCAGCUUUCCAGACCCCCACAGGGAUGCCAUAUGGCACGGUGAACCUGCUGAGGUGGGUGAACCCCUCUGAGACCCCGGUCACCUGCACUGCUGGAGUGGGCACCUUCAUCCUGGAGUUCUCCACCCUCAGCCGACUGACUGGAGACCCCGUGUUUGAGAACGUGGCUCGCAAAGCUCUCAGGGCCUUAUGGAGAACACGCUCAGAUAUUGGCCUGGUAAAACCUUUUGAUCUGGAUCAAGCCAUUUAUAGGACAAUCAUGCUGUUUCCUACACUGUAUGGAAUGCAUAAGGGAACAGUAUCAAUGCCUGUGUUUCAGUCUCUGGAGGCGUUCUGGCCUGGACUGCAGAGUUUGAUAGGGGAUAUUUCCAGUGCCACAAAGACCUUCCAUAACUACUACAGUGUGUGGCGUCAGUUUGGAGGACUCCCGGAGUUCUACAGCAUUCCUCAAGGUUACACCGUGGACAAACGAGAGGGAUACCCUCUGCGCCCAGAGUUGAUCGAGAGUGCCAUGUAUCUGUAUAAGGCCACUGGCGACCCGACAUUCAUGCAACUUGGCCGGGAUGCAGUCGAGUCAAUUGACAAAAUCAGCCGGGUGAACUGUGGUUUUGCUACUGUGAAGGAUGUAAGGGACCACAAGUUGGACAACCGCAUGGAGUCCUUCUUCUUGGCCGAGACCAUUAAAUACCUCUACCUCCUCUUCGAUCCUGAAAACUUCCUUCAUAACACGGGCACAGAGUUCGAGCUGGGCGGCCUGCAGGACGACUGCAUACUCAGCGCGGGCGGCUACGUGUUUAACACAGAGGCUCAUCCGCUUGACCCUGUCGCGCUCCACUGCUGCAGCCGAUAUCAGAGUGAGCGCAGGGAACUACAGGACAUACUCAUCAGCCUCUCAGAACCACUCAGGCCUGCGACGGACCAAUCAGAGGAGACGCCAGGCGCCGGCGGCUCACGAGAGAGCAUUGCACUGAAGCCGGGAGAGAGGAGGAAAGCUCGGGUGCUCUCCUGCCCCACACAGCCCUUCAGUGCCAAACUGGCUGUCAUGGGUCAAGUCUUCUCUGACAACUCUUGAACGGACUUUCUCACUGUCAACAAUGUGUAAAAAUGUAGAUUAUGUUUGUAAUUUAACUUU